ACCCGACAGAAAGCAAGCACUGACUCUGACGCCAGUUUCUCUCGUACUCGAGGUACUCAGUCACCUGCAACGAGAAAGAUGGGGUUUGGUUGGAACACAUCCCCAGUGCUUCUGAUGUUGAUCAUGCCGGCUGUCUGGGGCCUCAAGAAUGUGCCACCUGAACAGGUUCACCUGUCGUACACCGGUAAUUCGACCGAAAUGGUGGUCACGUGGGUGACCCAGGACACAACUUCAACAUCAACAGUGAUGUAUGGCUUGUCGGACCUCAAUCUGACAGCCUCAGGAAGCAUGACUACAUUUGUGGAUGGUGGCUCCCAGCAUCGUAAACUGUACAUUCACCGCGUGACACUCACUGGUCUAUUGCCUGGACAUAAAUAUGUGUACGUGGUAGGAGGACCAGAAGGCUGGAGCAAGCAGUUUAACUUCAGGGCCAUGAAGGAUGGCAGUGACUGGAGUCCUAAGAUGAUGGUGUACGGCGACAUGGGCAGCAGGAACGACCGAGCUCUGCCUUACCUUCAACACAACGCACACACCGGACACUUUGAUGCCGUCCUGCACGUGGGGGACUUUGCCUAUGAUAUGCACGAUAAUAAUGCCAGGGUAGGAGAUGACUUCAUGCGACAGAUAGAACCCAUUGCUGCCUAUGUGCCCUACAUGACUUGUGUAGGAAACCAUGAAUAUGCAUACAACUUCGCCAACUACCGUAACCGGUUUACAAUGCCCGGUGGUGAUGGUACAGGAAUGUACUUCAGCUGGAACAUCGGCCCCGCCCACAUCAUCAGCUUCAACACAGAAGUGUACUACUACCAGUAUGCCACCACACACAACAUCAAACGUCAGUAUGACUGGCUGGAGGCGGACCUCAAGGAGGCCAACCAGCCAGCCAACCGUGCAGCCAGACCCUGGAUCAUCACCAUGGGACACAGACCCAUGUACUGCUCCAACGACGAUGACGACGAGAUGUGCCGCAACCCCGCAAAUCCUAUACGCAACGGUAUCGCCGCCUUUUGGCCAAACCUGGAGGACCUGUUCUACAAAUAUGGAGUGGAUGUGGAGUUCUAUGCACACGAACACUCCUACGAACGGCUGCUGCCCGUGUACAAAGGAAAGGUGUGCGGGGGAGCAGUGCCUUACACCAACCCACGGUCACCUGUCCACAUCAUCACCGGCUCAGCGGGAGACAAAGAAGGUCAGGAGAAGUUCCUGCAUCACCCAGCAGCAUGGAGUGCUUUCCGUAGUGACGACUACGGCUUCACCGUCAUGGACAUCGUCAACUCCACUCACCUGACUCUCCAGCAGGUGUCAUCCGACAAGAACGGCCACGUCAUCGACAGCAUCGUCCUCAUCAAGGAUAAACAUGGCGCCGGGCUUUACAACUGUGUGUAAAGGGAAGAUCGACAACAGAAUCAAAAGUGGCAGCUUCGCAAUGUCUAGCUAUUUUAACUGGCUGAAUAUUGAAAUAAAAUUACAAUACAAGAAAAUUA